UCCCCCACCCGCUUCCGGCCGCCGCUCAGUUCUCCCGCCUCCGCCUCCGCCGCGGCUCGUGGUCAUCCCGCCAUGGCACUGUCGCGGGGGCUACCCCGGGAACUGGCCGAGGCCGUGGCCGGGGGCCGGGUCCUGGUGGUGGGCGCGGGGGGCAUCGGCUGCGAGCUCCUCAAGAACCUCGUGCUCACUGGUUUCUCCCACAUCGACCUGAUUGAUCUGGAUACUAUUGAUGUCAGCAACCUCAACAGGCAGUUUUUGUUUCAAAAGAAACAUGUUGGAAGAUCAAAGGCCCAGGUUGCCAAAGAAAGUGUACUGCAGUUUUAUCCGAAAGCUAAUAUCAUAGCCUACCAUGACAGCAUCAUGAACCCUGACUAUAAUGUGGAAUUUUUUCGACAAUUUAUAUUGGUUAUGAAUGCUUUAGAUAACAGAGCUGCCCGCAACCACGUUAAUAGAAUGUGUCUAGCCGCUGAUGUCCCUCUUAUUGAGAGUGGAACUGCUGGUUAUCUUGGGCAGGUAACCACUAUCAAAAAGGGUGUGACUGAAUGUUAUGAAUGUCAUCCCAAACCAACCCAGAGAACUUUUCCUGGCUGUACAAUUCGUAACACACCUUCAGAACCUAUUCAUUGCAUCGUUUGGGCAAAAUAUUUGUUCAACCAGUUGUUUGGGGAAGAAGAUGCUGAUCAAGAAGUGUCUCCUGACAGAGCUGACCCUGAAGCUUCCUGGGAACCAAUGGAAGCUGAAGCCAGAGCCAGAGCAUCUAAUGAAGAUGGUGACAUUAAGCGUAUUUCCACUAAAGAAUGGGCUAAAUCAACUGGAUAUGAUCCAGUUAAACUUUUUACCAAGCUUUUUAAAGAUGAUAUCAGGUAUCUGUUGACAAUGGACAAACUAUGGCGGAAGAGGAAACCUCCAGUUCCGUUGGACUGGGCUGAAGUUCAGAGUCAAGGGGAAGAAACCAAUGCAUCAGAUCAACAAAACGAGCCCCAGUUAGGUCUGAAAGACCAGCAAGUUCUAGAUGUAAAGAGCUAUGCACGUCUUUUUUCAAAGAGCAUUGAGACUUUGAGAGUGCAUUUAGCAGAAAAGGGGGAUGGAGCUGAGCUCAUAUGGGACAAGGAUGACCCAUCUGCAAUGGAUUUUGUCACCUCUGCUGCAAACCUCAGGAUGCAUAUUUUCAGUAUGAAUAUGAAGAGCAGAUUUGAUAUCAAAUCAAUGGCAGGGAACAUUAUUCCUGCUAUCGCUACUACUAAUGCAGUGAUUGCUGGGUUGAUAGUAUUGGAAGGAUUGAAGAUUUUAUCAGGAAAAAUAGACCAGUGUAGAACAAUUUUUUUGAAUAAACAGCCAAAUCCAAGAAAGAAGCUCCUUGUGCCUUGUGCACUGGAUCCUCCCAACCCUAACUGUUACGUAUGUGCCAGCAAGCCAGAGGUGACUGUGCGACUGAACGUCCAUAAAGUGACCGUUCUCACGUUACAAGAUAAGAUAGUGAAAGAAAAAUUUGCUAUGGUAGCACCAGAUGUCCAAAUUGAAGAUGGAAAAGGAACAAUCCUAAUAUCUUCAGAAGAGGGAGAGACGGAAGCCAAUAAUCACAAGAAAUUAUCAGAAUUCGGAAUUAGAAAUGGGAGCCGACUUCAAGCAGAUGACUUCCUUCAGGACUACACUUUAUUGAUCAACAUCCUUCAUAGUGAAGACCUAGGAAAGGAUGUUGAAUUUGAAGUUGUUGGUGAUGCCCCCGAAAAAGUGGGGCCCAAACAAGCUGAAGAUGCUGCCAAAAGCAUAACCAAUGGCAGUGAUGACGGAGCUCAGCCUUCCACUUCCACAGCACAAGAGCAAGAUGAUGUGCUCAUAGUUGAUUCAGAUGAAGAAGGUCCUUCAAACAAUGCUGACAUCAGUGAAGAAGAAAGAAGUCGCAAGAGGAAAUUAGAUGAGAAAGAGAAUGUCAGUGCAAAAAGGUCACGCACAGAGCAGACAGAAGAGCUUGAUGAUGUUAUAGCAUUAGAUUGAGCAGAAAUGCCUCUCCGCAGAACCUCUUACUGCAUUAGGCCUUCUGGGCAGAACCGGGUUAUUUGUUAUGUCCUUUGUUCCAAAGGGAAAAAAUUGACACCAGUGACUUGAAGAUGAUUCUGCUCCCCUUGAAAGCAUUCAUUUUGCUAGAACUCUUAGAAACAUUGCGGUGUGCUGUACUGAAAGUAGGAACAUAGUUUUAAAACCCUUUGAGCAAAGUGUGUGCAUAACCAGUCAUGAGACGGAACAACACAAUGCAUGUCGCCUUUUUAAUGUAAAUACCCUUAGGUAUCAUUUAACAGGUUUAAAAUAUUGUGGUUUAGUAAAGUUGAUACCUGGUUAUAAAUAUUAUGCCUUUAUUUUUGGUUAGAAGAAGAAUUAUUUUUAGCCUAGAUCUAACCAUUUUCAUACUCUUAACUGACUGAAACAGAUUCAAAGAAGUAUCGAGUGCUAUGCAUUGAAAUUGUUUCUACAUGUUAACUGGCACUAUGUAUAUUAAUGUAAAACAAUUGUUAAUUUACUCAAGUUUUCAGCUUGUACUGCCUGGUAUGUCUGUGUAAGAAGCCAAUUUUUGUGUAUUGUUACAGUUUCAGGUUAUUUAUAUUUGAUGUUUUGUAAAACUCAGAUCCGACUAUACUGUACUUAUGGACCAAAUAAAUGGCAUCUGCAUACUUGUUAC